CAAGGACACAAGUCACAGCGAAAAAUGAAGGUCCUAUAUCAAACUUCUGGCCAAAUUCUCACUACUCUGGGUAGUCUCAGUAUAUUUUCUGGAGUUAUUGCUUUCUUCCCUGUCUUUUCUUACAAGCUUUGGUUCACAGGAUGGAGUGUGUGGAUUGCUUGUCCCAUCUGGAAUGGAACUUUGGCCAUCACAGCUGGUGUACUUCUACUAUCGGCUUCCAAACAGUGGACACAAAGAUAUCAGUGGGAAGCUUGUUUCACCUUUGUGAUUCUGAGCAUUAUGGGAUGUCCGCUUCAUUUCACAGUAGCGUUGGAAUCUGUUCUUCUUGGCCACUAUUGCUUCUACUCAUUUUCAGGGGUUGCAGGGACCAAUUACCUUGGUUAUGCAGUUGCCUUUCCUUUUCUAUAUGCAAAAUUCCCAUUGGUUUGUGUGGACCCACUCCACUAUGAAGAAUACCACCUGAUGCUUCAAGCCACUGACUUGUGCCUGAGCUUUGCUGUGUUCUGUGCAUCUCUGACAGUGUUCAUCAAGUUUUCUGCAAGACUAAUCCUGAAUGGACACAUCAAUGUAAGUUUCAACCAAAGGGAAGCUGGAGCUUUACCAAUCGCAAAGAGCAGAAUGGAAGGUCUCAUGCAGAAAUCUCUCUCUCUCUCUCUCUCUCUCUCUCUCUCUCUCUCUCUCUCUGUCUCUCUCUCUCUCUCCCUCUCUCCCUUUCAUAUUUGUCACUAUAUGACUGACACAUUAUGGGUGCUCAAUAAUUGUUUUUGA